GGUGGUCGGCUAUCGCAGCGGGAGGAGGAUGGAGGGUGGGCCUCAGUUGGUGACCCCCGACCCCCAGCCCGCCGGGAAGGAGCCGCACCGGGCGGGACUGCCGCGGGACCCGGGGGAUGCAGGUAACUGGCUAGCGCCAAAACCUCCUGGAAGUCUUAAACCAGUUUGUAUUCAUCUGUUUGCUCUGGUCAUCACACUUCUGGUCUUCUUGGUGAUUGCUCUGUCCUGCGUCUUAGCAAUGGAAAGAGCCAAGCCUCUCCCAGAAGUCCCUGUACCUGCUCCUUGCCCAGAUGACUGGAUUGGAUUCCGGGGGAAAUGUUACUAUUUUUCUGAUGACACAAGGAACUGGACAUCUAGCCAGAAUUUCUGUACCUCCUAUGAUGCAGCUCUCGCUGUGAUUGACACUAAGCAGGAAAUGGACUUGUUGAUGCGACACAAAGGCCCCUCUGACCACUGGAUUGGGCUGAGCAGGGAAUCGGGCCAGGACUGGAAGUGGACAAAUGGCAUCAUGUUCACUGGCUGGUUUACAGUUAAAGGAAAUGGAGAAUGUGCUUAUCUGAACAAUAACAGAGUUAGCAGUGCCAGAAACUACACAGACAGAAGGUGGAUUUGUAGCAAAGCUGACUUUUAUGCCAGGGUCCAUUUCCCUCCUCCCCCCUAAAGCCACAUGGCUGUAAGACAGUGGCUCGGACCACAAGGCAGAGAUCAACGGACUGUUAGAGGAGUGACUAAGAGUGAUGCUCAGCAUGUGGACUGCACAUACUCUGCCUGGACCGGUCGUUGUUUGGUGAGCCCACAACAAGGUGCCUUAUUAGUGACUGUUUGUGAUCCCUUUUCCUCUGCUCCUCCUUCCCCCACUC